CUUUUUCUUGCUUUGAUUGUUCGACGUUCAUGGUAAAAUUGUUGAAGUUAACCGAGUCAGUUAUAUUUUUGUGUUGUUGAAAUGUACGAUUGAACACUUGUUGUGUUCCUAUCAUUAUCUAUACCUUUUAAAGAACUUGAAUUAUUUCUAUUGACGGCGUUUCCUUUGGCACUCGUAAGGAGAGUGGUUAUGCUGGAAGUAUGCCGUCGUCGUCGCGGACGCGGGGCUCCGGUCGCGGCCCCGAUGGGGCGCUCAGGCCUCCGGUCAUAGCUCCCAUGUCAGAACGACAGCAGCUGGCCUUGGUGAUGCAGAUAUCGUCACAGGAUGCUCCACCAGCUGCUCCAUCCACUGCUGAAGAAAGGAAACGUACCAGGCAGCAGCGCAACGAGCGCGGUGAGACGCCUCUACACGUAGCCGCCAUCAGAGGGGACCAUGAUCAAGUGAAAAAGCUCCUCGACCAAGGACAAGAUCCAGAUGUCCCAGAUUUUGCCGGUUGGACACCCCUGCACGAGGCGUGUAUAUAUGGCUGGUACCAGGUGGUCAUAGUCCUUGUCAAGGGUGGGGCCAACGUGAACGCGAAGGGUCUUGACGACGACACUCCCCUGCAUGACGCCACCACCUCGGGGAACUUGAAGAUGGUUAAAUUUCUCGUUGAGCAUGGUGCUGAUCCAUUUGUUAAAAAUGCAAAGGCUAAAAUGCCCAUCGAUUAUGCAGCUCCUCAUAUUUACGAAUAUCUGGAAUCAUUGAAGGAUAAUAACGUGAGAGCCUCACACACGGGUCGGGCAAGGGAUGACAGCAGCAAGAAAGUUGGCAAUGCAAGUACUUCUAGUGACAGCAGCAAGCGCAACAUGGACUGCCUAGCACAGGAACACUUUGACAACAAGGACUCGGCAGCACAAGACAAAGGCAGUGGAGAUAAUAAAGAUGAAGGCAAUCAACUUAGUAGUGGAGUUGUGUCUUCAUCUCAGGAUGAAGUAGCCGCAGGCCCAAAACGUCCAUUCACAGAUGAAGGUCAUGAGGCAGAGUCUGUAGAAGAUGACAUUUCCAAACGCAAGAAGAGAAAGGAGAAUGAAGAGAAGGAGCCCAUGGCUAAACCAGCUCCAGUCGCACGUAGUGGCCCCGGACGCAUUCUUACAGGCACAAAGCCUCCAGGGCCAGCUAGUAAGACUGGUGCCACUCCACUAGGAAAAGGUGCUAAUGUGCAGGGUGGAGGAAAAGGCGGCACAGCAGGUUCCUCUACAGGGAAAGGCGGCCAGCAAGCUCAGGGCAAGGGUGGUAGUGUAGCGGGCAAACUGGGUACUCAAAACCAGGGCAAGACAUCUGGGAGUGCAAAAGGUACAACUAGUAUGGUUCCAAGUAAACAAGAGCGAAAAAGCCCAGUAGCCAGCCCCAAACCAAACCAAGCCAAGGAUGCUGAUGGUGACUCUGAAGAUCAGAAAAACCAAGAAUCUACAGCACCCAAGGUGCCGCCAUUAAAGAUAGUCAUACCAGGCGGCGCAGGGGGCUCUGCCAACAGAAACGAGCAAGAAGGUGAAGGUGGGACCGGACAACGCGGCAGCGGGAAGGGACGCGGCAGUGUGGCGACGCUGCCGUACGUGCUGCCGUGCACCAGCGCCGCCGACGCCGGCCAGACCUCCGACAGCUCCGACGGCAACUCCGAUGACAAGCGCCCGGGAGAAGGGGGCAAGGCUGGGCAAAGAGUCCUCCGUUCGCACAGGACGAACGAUGGAGAGAGAGAGAAGGACAAGGAGAGGACUUCCCCUCAGACAGGGAGCGAGAGUCGCUCCGGGACGGGUUCCACUCAAUCGACAUUGAGUUCCAACAAGAGCCCCCCGCCCUCGGGCUCUGGGCAGGAUAGCGAGCAUGCUCCGUCUACAUCGUCUGGCGGGGUCAGUGGCCGCUCCGAGACAGUGAACAAUCCUGGGCCCUCAGUGGAGCUGCACCCUCGGAAACGCAAGAUUAAGGCUUCUAAGGAUAGCCACUCGCGAGAGCCCGUCAAGACCGAGCCCACGCCAGACAGCACUGUGUCUCACAAUGUCACACAUUCCAACCCCUAUCAAAUGUACAUUCAUAUUCGUAAACAGAUUGAAAAUCGUCAGAAGAGCCUGUUUCCUGUCAAGCCUAAACCGCCCAAAGACUUUAACAAGUACCUGAUGAACCGCUGCACUUACACUCUGCAGAGUAACGUGAACCCGGAGCCGCAGGUGGAGAUACCACACAACAUGCCACCACAAAUGGUCAGCGAAUUUACAGACCAGGAAAAAGAACGGACACGCAUGAGAAUCCAACACCUAGUCGAAAAAGAAAAACUGGUACUAGCUGUAGAACAAGAAAUUCUACGCGUGCACGGGCGCGCCGAACGCGCUGUGAUAAAUCAGUCUCUUCCUUAUUCGGUGUGCACAAUGUUGCGUGACAAAGAAGUUUACAAUGUGCUGGCUCCAGAGCAAGAGGAGAAACGGAACGCGCAGCGCUCGCGGUGCAACAGCCGACAGAUCAACUCUUGGCUGCAGGAAGUCGAUGAUAAAUGGGAGAAAAUUAAGGAGGGCAUGCUUCGGCGUCAGAACACGGAAGCUGAAACUUUACAUGCUGUUCAAAAAAUGGGAUGGGAGUGGAAACUGAAAGAACUCGGUAUUUGCGACUACAAGACCACCCCUAAAAUCGAUCCCACACACGUACCUCAAAUAUUUGUUUCUAAUUUCGACUUACGCGCUUAAAACCAAAUAUCAGCCUGGUAUCCAGACUGAUAUCCUUGUUUAAAUAUUAUUGCUGUAAUUAUUAUUAAUAAUAUUGACUAUAAUUAUGUUUUCUUAUCAUACUUGGACAUAUUCAAUUGGUGCUAAAAAUUUAAAUUUAAAUUAUAAGUUUACCUUGACAUCAGCGCAGUUUUUCGCGUUUCUGACGGCUUUUAGUGAAUUGGAUAGCAUUGUAAGAAGCAUGAUGCUGCGUGCAUUUACUCUCCUUGGGUUUGUUCCCUACGCCGGACGACCGAUCUCUGCAGUCGUGUACAUACAUUGUACAAUACGUGUCAUGAGUCAAUGUAUGCAACUAGCCGGGUGUUAACUGGUACAGUAGCACUCAAUACUGAAAAGCCACUGAUUUUAUAGUGAUUUACAAUGAGCGUAAAUAAAACUAAUUCGUCAAAUUUAUUCUCAUGGCAUUAGUAUUUGUUAUCAAUUAUCAUCCUCAUGUUUGUGAUUUAAUAUAAAUUAACCAGACAAUUAACAACGAAACGCGAAUUUUAUUUGCGUUCAUGAAAAGUUUGUCACAAGUGGCGAUGCCGAAUCCGCUCCCACUUGGGCACUUAAAUUGUAUUUUUUGUGAUUUAUUAUUUUUUUAAAUAAUAAUUUUGUUAUUUUUAAGAAUUUAUAAGUAAUGAUCUCAUUUAUAUGAUACUUGAUUAUUAUGAAUUAUGAUUAAUAAAUAAACGUAGAUUUUAAGGUAACUUCAUUCAUUGUUAACAUAAAAAUAAAGUAUACAAUUGAUGUAAGGGUUAGCUAGAACAUCAGACAUUGUAUUAUCUAGCAAGUCCGUUCUAUUCAUUUCUUGUGAACCCUUAAAUGUGUACACACAUUAAAAGCCCAAAGUGUUAUUAAGAUACGACAAUGUUAUCGAAAUCCGAAGUUUAGAAUAUUUAAACGCGUAUACGUUAUCACAUGCGGGUACUGCAAAAUACUUAAUAGGUUUACUUAUACUUACAAGGUGUUUCAUUAAAAAGUAAUUCUGAUAAAUGUUUCUAGAUGUUGUUAUCAAUACCUACAAUAUGUGUCUGUAAUCGAUCUUGUGUUUAAUAGUAAUCUAACUAAUUUACCUACGUGGCUACUAAAUUAAAUUACUGUGUUGUGUGAAUGUGCCGUAAGCAUGGUUCACCUGAAAAUGUUUGGAUUGUGUUUAAUAAUGACUGAGAAUUUGGAGAGCCCGCUUCUGCAUGUGUAUACUUUAUGAUCUUUGUUGAUAUCAAUGGAAUAGGUUAGGUUUCAUCUUGACUUCGGUACAUAACAGGACGUACCUUUUUGUAAUAUCUAGGACGAGAUGCUAAAUAAAGAAUCAAUGUGAUUAAUAAGAACAGAA